AUGGCAUCCGCAGUGGGGAAGAAGAGGGAGAGGAAGAACUUGUACAGGGGGAUCCGGCAGCGUCCCUGGGGGAAGUGGGCGGCGGAGAUCAGGGACCCCAUGAAGGGAGUCCGCGUCUGGCUCGGCACCUUCAACACUGCCGAGGAGGCCGCCCGCGCCUACGACCGUGAGGCCCGUCGCAUCCGCGGCAAGAAGGCUAAAGUCAAUUUUCCCAACGAGGAACUCCCCCACUUCCGGGAGGAGCCGCGCCGCCCCCACUUCACCUCGCUCGCCUUCGCCGCCCCGCCGCCACCUCCCACCGCCGUCGCCGCCGUCGCCACCGCCACCUCUAACCCUCUCUCGUCGGCCCACGAGAGGGAUGCGGAGGGCGGUGCGAAUCCCGGGCCCAGCGGCGGCACCGGCGGCAGCGAGGCGAAGAAGCUGUCGGAAGAGCUGCAAGCCUUCGAGGCGUACAUGAAGUUCCUGGACAUCCCUUACAUGGAGGGAGGCGUGGGCGCCGACGCGGCGGCGGAACAGCAGGCCUCGUCGGAGCUGAAUCUGAGUCUGCCCUCUACAUCGUAUCCGCAGGAGGCCACUCUGGAGUUGUGGAGCUUCGACGACGGCCUCCCCGUCUCCAUCUGA